GCGCCUGCAUCCUAGCCGUGCUCAGCCUUUACUCUUUCCUACGGUAUCGCUAAAUUUAUCUCACAAACAGAAGGAUCAUACAUAUGCAUAUAUGUAUACAUAUUGCAGACGGAAUGCUGUGAUUAUUGACAUUUGGAUACCUACAUCCAUCACAUCAUGUUGAGGUAUUUCCUCGCACCUACGCGUGAAACGCCGCCAGACACCUUCAUAAGGCUGGGCAACAUCAUCGAACAACCGCGCUUUGCGGAUCAGCCUCUCAAUGAAGUCCCACUCCCAAUCGAUAAAGUCACUGUAAACCCUGAAGCAAGGAGAGCAAAGUUUAGUUUCGGCGAUACCAAAACAACCACCAUUGGCAUUUGGGCUACGUUUCUCAUGCAAAUCCUGGGCGUUGGCGGUGAUGUCAACACACAGAUCUCCAGAGGGACAACGGAGACCUGGGACUGCGACACAAUUAAGACGAUUUCCUUCGAGCCGAGCAUUGCAUACAUCAAGAAAAGUGUCGAAGCCACGGCUGUCAAGCAGUACAUUCAAGAGCGCCGACAUCGGCCAUGGGACACCAAGCUCUACAUGAUCACGGGGAUUAAGAUCGCGUAUGGGGCCAAAGGUACAAUCAGCUAUGCGCGUAGCAAAGGUAUACAUCUGCAUCUUGGUGUUGAUGCUACAUCUUUGGGUGCGCCGAUGCAAGCUGGUCCAGAUAUAGGUGUUGAGAAGGGUCGGAAUGUGACACAGGACAUUGGCGACAAAGGUCCGUUUGUGCUUGCGUUUCGCAUGCAGAAGAUUAAAGUGUCAGGCAAGGGGCAGAUCAGACAUGAAGGCGUCGACGGCGGUAUGCUGGGUGUUGACGACAGCGAUGGUGAGGAUGGAGAAGAGCAAGUGGAGCUUGUGGUUAAUGGGUUGGAGAGUGCGGACGCGGAUGCUGAAGAGUUCGGCAUCAUGACUUCCUGGACAGUAGAGGAACAGGGGGUUGCGGGGAUGAUAUGUUGUGCACUUGCAGAAGACGAUUGACACGGUGCAUUUGUUGGAUUAUCCGUACAGGUGACUGCCUGUUCGGAAGCGGAAGAUGAGGGCGGCGAAAGCACGUGCUUCAAGCUUAUCGAUACUGCGUCUUUAGUCAGUCCAUGGGAACCAAUUGACGGUGCUUUCUACCUGUUCCGCGUUAUCUUUAACUAUGCCACCACGGCCAUCGUGUCUUGCGCAGAUUCCAUCUGCUAUCUAUUGACUGUGAUCACUGCGGCUUGUCGAAACCCAACCGAGGUCGGAAUGUAUGAAUCCGACCUCGAGG